AUGGUUGAACUGUGUAGUGAAAUUCAGCAACAAGAAGCAGCUCGACCGCCUCCUCCGCCGGUCCCGACCACCACCACCGACGAUGGCGACGCUCUCGCUGCUGCCGCCUCCGCCGCGCCAUCUCACGCGAGCGGGAAGAGCGAGAAGAGCUCGUCGACGGAGAUGCUGAUGCGAAUGGCGGCGUCGGCGUCGGCAGCCGCGAUUGCCUCCGGGGGCGCUCCGCCGUGCCGGCGCCGGCCACCGGCCCGGUCAUCCUUCGGCAGCUACGGCGGAGUCGGUGACUGCCCCCCCACCCCCUCCUCCCCCUUCUGUAGCCCUCUGGCGAGCUCGGCCGCCUCGUCCUCCGCCGCCAGUGGCGGCGACUCCUCCUUCGCCACCCCCUACCAGAUCGAUGCCAUGCAAAUUAGAAUAUUUGCAAAAUAA